AUGGCCGUCCAUUUCGAUAGCGCCUCAUUACCAGGGUGGCACCCAGACAAGGGCAUUGACCCUCGCAUCGUCAUUCUCACAUCUGACGUCUGGAUGCUUCAUCCCAAGGGAGAUAUUGUCUUCGACAAGCUCAAGACAGUCCAUCAUUUCUGGCUCGGCGGACCAUGGCGACGAUAUGGACAGAGCAAGCUGGCCAAUCUCCUCUAUGCGCGAGAGCUGUCCCGUCGAUACCCAGAUAUCACGUCUGUCUCGAUCCACCCCGGAGUAGUCGCAACCAAUAUGUUGGGCGGCUUUGGUUAUAUUACUAAGGCUCUGAUAUAUGCGACGAACCGGGGGAAGGUUCUCAAACCAGAUGAGGGGGCUUACAACCAGGUGUGGGCGGCUACCACAUCUCGUGAGAAGACUAAGAAUGGAGUGUACUAUACCUGUGGGUCAGUUGGCACAGAAGAAGCUGGAUAA